UACGACAAGAAACAAAGAUGGAGUACUUAUCUCGGGGAUUUAAGUCAGUUUUGGGCAAUCAACAGGGUGGUUCUCAACCUUCUCCUCACGAAACGGUUGAAAGAUUAUGUGACCGCGUAGCCUCUUCUACGCUGCUGGAAGAUAGACGGGAUGCUGUUCGGGCGCUCAAGUCUCUCUCGAAGAAAUUCCGCCUUGAAGUUGGAACACAGUCAAUGGAUCUCUUGAUAAAUGUGUUACAAACAGACAGGAAUGACACAGAGAUCACAGGUUUAGCCUUACAAACUUUUUGCAACCUGCUUUCUGCUGAUCCAGCUCAAGAUGAAGGUGGUCGAGAUGCCAGUCAAACUGCUUCUGAUGUUGAAUUAGGGGUUCAGUUUACAGAAAUUUUCAUCAAGAAAAGUGAUAAUGUCACUUUGUUACUUGGGCUUUUAGAGGAGUAUGAAUUCCAAGUUAGAUGGCCAACCGUUAAACUUCUUACUGUGUUACUGACAAACAAAAGUUAUCAACUGCAGCAGUGCAUUCUAGUAAGCCCCAUGGGUGUAUCCAGACUAAUGGACUUACUGUCAGACAGUAGAGAAAUCAUUAGAAAUGAGGGUCUCUUGUUGCUAAUACAGCUUACCAAGUCUAAUGCUGCUAUCCAGAAAAUUGUUGCCUUUGAGAAUGCAUUUGACAGACUCCUUGAAAUCAUUACAGAGGAAGGUUACAGUGAUGGAGGAAUUGUAGUGGAGGACUGUUUGCUACUGAUGCAAAAUUUAUUAAAAUUGAAUGUUUCAAACCAAAACUUCUUCAGAGAAGGGAGUUAUGUUCAAAGACUUACUGCAUUCUUUGAGUUGGAUCAAGUUUCUUCACCGGCCACUCCUGAAAAUCAAGACAGUACAUGGUCAACACAGAAAGUGUCAAAUAUCAAGCUUAUGUUGCAGCUUGUCAGAGUGUUAGUUUCUCCAGACAAUCCUCAACAGGCCACAGCCACUUGUCAAAAAAUAAUGAACCAAUGUGGAUUGUUGAGGUUACUUUGUGGUAUACUUAUGUCAACUGGAAUUCCUGCCGACAUCCUCACUGAGACUAUCAACACUGUAUCAGAAGUAAUCAGAGGAUUCCCAGCAAAUCAAGAGUACUUCUCUCAAGUGAAUGCUCCUUCAAACCCCCCUAGUCCUGCCAUUGUUGUCCUUCUCAUGUCCAUGAUAAAUGACAAGCAGCCGUUCAACCUUCGCUGUGCUGUCUUGUACUGCUUUCAGUGCUAUCUUUACAAGAAUGAACAGGGACAGAAUGACAUUGUGACAACAUUGCUACCAUCUUCAGCUGCAGCUGCCAGUAACAUUUCUGCAGGACAGCUGCUUUGUGCUGGUUUGUUCAGUCCAGACCCUCUGUCCAACUGGUGCGCGGCAGUAGCUCUUUCUCACUGUCUAAAGGGUAACCCCACCCAAAAAGAACAGCUUCUCAGAGUACAGCUGGCAACCAGUGUGGGAAAUCCUCCAGUUUCCUUGCUUCAGCAAUGUACCAACAUGCUCUCACAGGGUGGAGAGAUACAAACACGUGUUGGUUUGUUGUUGUUGCUGUGUUCGUGGUUAUCCAAUUGCUCCUUGGCCGUGUCUCAUUUUCUUCAUAAUUCUGCCAACAUUCCAUACCUGAUGGCUCAAGUCGAGGCUCAUGGCGAGGAAGCUGACAGACUGGUUGGAGCUCUCUGUGCUCUUCUUUUAGGGAUUUGUUUGGAUAACAACGACAAUUCAGAAGCUACAUGUCAGAAGGACGAUCUUCGAAACUUAAUAAUCAAGAGAAUAGGGAGUGACAACCUUUUGGACAAAAUUAGUUUUAUAUCCAAGUCUGAGUUUUUCACGGCUGCCGUCAAAUCUCCUGAGCUGCUGUGACUAAAGCUAUCGAAGAGGAACCUUCACACCAGCAACUAGCGAACCACGUGAACGGGAAACCCUCACAGGGAAUGGAGAACCAUGACUCGAUCAUAUCAUCGUACAAAGAACUUAUUAGAGAACAGGAUGAAGAAAUCGGAAAACUGAAAUCAAGAUACGGUGACAUGGAGUCGUCUUACAACCAGGCACAAGCACAGAUUCAACAACAGUCUCAGGAGAUCCAGGAGCUUCGUGAACAACUCCUUGUGGCUCAGACUUUUCAGCCCCAGUCUUCGGGCGUGACUGAAUCAUUCUUCACUGAAAAUGUGGAAUUAACAAAUCUUAGAAAUCAAGUCAGUGAUCUUCAACUAAGUAGAGACUCGCUACAGGAGGAUGUCAAAACGAAAGAUGAAAAAAUAGGAAAGUUGGAGAAAGACCUAGAAGUCUGUCAGGCCUCGUUGGCCGUGGCUCAUGCAGCCGCUGAGCUAGCUGCGGGCUCAGAAGCUGCAGAAUUCCCAUCAGUACCUCUGAGCAUUACAAGUCAGCAACUAGAAGAAUUAGAACAGCUGAAGCGAAAAGUGGUAUCACAGCAAGAGGAGUUAGACGUGCUUAGAAAUCUGAACACAGAACUUGAAAACGAAAUGGAAGUGAUGAGAGAAGAGGGGAUUGAUACGCCAACGAAUAGCACAGAUGAAGUGAAAGCUGAGCUGGAGAAGGCCAGAACGGAAAGCCACGACAAAAUAAGACUGUUAGAGGAAAAAUUAGCCACCACGGAGAAUGAAAUGAGCAGAAUGAAAGAGGAAAAGGCAGAUCUGGAAAAGGAACACGAAGAUCUUUUGGUUAUGCUAACUGAACAAGAUAACAAAAUUAUGAAAUAUAAGAAACUAGCGAAACAGGCUGGACAAGAGGUCAGCGAAGACGACGAUGACGGUGAUGACGAUGACGACGAGGAAGAGGAGGACGACGAUAACGCGGAGAAUGAUGACGAUUUUGAGAAGAAUGAUGACGAUGAAAAUGAAGACGGGUCUGAUAACCACGACGAGAAUGAAACAAAACAGGACACAAAACAGCCAAACACGGACGACACAGAAUUGGACGAUGAAGAACUUACGUGAAAUACAAAAGAAUCUAACUGCAUCAGCUCUAUUGAUGUCAAACGAAAAACUAGGCAUUCUAAACAGAAGUAGAAUGAUGCCCAUUUUUAACGACAGUGUAUAUUAAUUUUAUUAAGAAUUUUAAAUUCAUUGCAUCAGUUCCGGCAACAAUGAAUGAGUUACUUCGUCUUUGGUUCCUCAGAUUACACGUUCUUAAAAAUUAUCAAACUAAAUAACAGAAAAUUGAGAAACAUUUCUAAACGUCAUUUGCCUAUAUUGAAAAAUAUUCAGCCAAGAGGAAAUGUAGGAUUUUGUCUUCGUGUGUUCGUUUUACAAGGGAAACGAGACACUUUGGAAAAGAAUCAAAGUUCUUUCCCCCAAAGAAAAAAUAAUAAUAAUUUAUAUACUGGUACUUGGAUUUACUGUGUUGUUUGGUAGAAGCUAGCGUUGCAACGUUCAAUUUUGUUUGUUACCCAGUUUUAAAAAAACACGAAAUUUGAACAAGAUUGUUCGUCGAGCGUAAAAAUUAAAGAAAUACUUUCUGAAGGAGUUAAGUCAUCAGAAAAUUGCCCCUUUCAGGUGGGAAACGUAGAAUACAUUUUCCUAAAACACAUUACAGUAGCCAAUUAGAACAAAUGUGGGAGGAAAGAAAGAGGAUGGCUAUGUUUUGGGUAUCACAAGCUUGAGGAACUAGGACUUUGACGUUUUUCUUGAAGAAGUUUAGUAUGGGAUUGUUCAGGUAAAUAUUAAAAAAAGAUUUUGUCAGUUGGCACUCAAAAAACGAUUGCUGUUUCCAAAUUUAAUAAGUUCUAAUAUGAAUUGUAAUUAAAGGUUAUUUGUGCACUUGUUGUGUGAA